UUUUUUCCUCCUCCAAUUCGGAGUAGAGGAGCCACACUGAUUUCUUUCCAGGGGAGGGGAGGGGCAGGGCGAGGGGUCCCAAGUCGCACACAAGUCUUCACUGCCAUGGGGGCCGUCAUGGGCACCUUCUCGUCUCUGCAAACCAAACAAAGGCGACCUUCUAAAGAUAAGAUUGAAGAUGAGUUGGAGAUGACCAUGGUUUGCCAUCGGCCCGAGGGACUGGAGCAGCUUGAGGCCCAGACCAACUUCACCAAGAGGGAGCUGCAAGUCCUUUAUCGAGGCUUCAAAAAUGAGUGCCCCAGUGGUGUGGUCAAUGAAGAAACAUUCAAACAGAUCUACGCUCAGUUUUUCCCUCACGGAGAUGCCAGCAUGUAUGCCCAUUACCUCUUCCACGCCUUCGACAUCACCCAGACAGGCUCGGUGAAGUUCGAGGACUUUGUAACUGCUCUGUCGAUUUUGCUGAGAGGAACUGUCCAUGAGAAGCUUAGGUGGACAUUUAAUUUGUAUGACAUCAAUAAAGAUGGAUAUAUCAACAAAGAGGAGAUGAUGGACAUCGUCAAAGCCAUCUAUGACAUGAUGGGGAAAUACACUUACCCCGUGCUCAAAGAAGACACUCCAAGGCAGCAUGUGGACGUCUUCUUUCAGAAAAUGGACAAAAAUAAAGAUGGUAUCGUGACUUUAGAUGAAUUUCUUGAAUCCUGUCAGGAGGAUGACAACAUCAUGAGGUCCCUCCAGCUGUUCCAAAAUGUCAUGUAACUGUGGACAUAGCCAUCCGGCUCUCAGAGACGUUGUACUGAACAACCACCUCUUAUCACCUCGAUCUGCCCUAGUUCUGACUUUGCACACCGACUCUUGGGACAGAAACACCUUUUACACUUUGGAAGAAUUCUCCGCUGGAGACUUUCUAUGGAACCGAGCAUCACAUGGCUCAGUCUCUGAUUGCCAGCUCUUCCUACUCCGUCUUCUUGAGAGAGAGAAUAUGAAACUGGGUUUGUUUUGGAAGCAUGCUCAUCUCUUCAUGCUGCUGCCCUGUGGAAGGUCCCUCUGCUUGAGCUUAAACAGUAGUGCACGCUUUUUUGCUUGCGUGUCCCAGCCCACUGCCUCCAAGUCCAGCAGACCUUGAUGUAUCCAGAAGCAAGAUGACCUGAGCCAAAUGCACACCAUCCUCUGAUGGCCUCCCAAACCAAUGUGCCUGUUUCCCUUCUUUUGGUGGGAAGAAUGAGCAUUCUACAGAACAAUAUGAAUCCAUAUAUGACCAGAUUGGGAGAGCCAGCAUUUAACAUAUAUAGGAUAGAACUGAAUUCUUAAGCAUGGCAUUGUCUGGUGACACAAACUACCCACAUCCUUUGUUUCCAGAGACAAGAACCAAUAUUUCUUUCUCACACUGGCAUCUGUGCUGAUAGUGUAAGUCCCUUGAUGUGUCCAGGAAGAGAACCAAUGUCCAGUUGUCCAUGCCCUCACUCCAUCUCCUGCUAGAGCCCAUCACUGCAUGCCCGUCCCAGAAAGCCCAGAAUGCCUGCAAAUUGUAAUUUUAUACCAUGUUCUAAUCAAUAAACAGAACUAUUUCUUAC